AUGGAUAAGUUCCGAAUGAUCUUUCAGUUCCUGCAGACCAACCAGGAAUCAUUCAUGAAUGGCAUCUGUGGUAUCAUGGCUCUCGUGAGUGCACAGAUAUAUGUGGCUUUUGAUUUCAAGUGCCCAUGUCUGCCAGGUUAUAAUCUGGCCUAUGGAAUGGGUAUCCUGUUUGUACCGCCCAUGGUCUUGUUCUUACUGGGCUUUGUGAUGAACAACAAUGUCUCCAUGUUGGCUGAGGAAUGGAAAAGGCCCACAGGGAAGCGACAAAAAGACCCGGCUGUCUUGCGUUACAUGUUCUGCUCGAUGGCACAGCGGGCGAUGAUUGCCCCCGUUAUUUGGAUUUCAGUCACAUUAUUGCAUGGAGAGUGCUUUAUAUGUGCCUUCAGCACUUCUGUGCCUGUACAGAAGUUGGGUAACGACAGCUAUACACAGCUACCCGAGAAGCAGAUAAGGAAGAUUCUGGCCCAGAUCCCCUGUGAAGACAUUUACACUGGCCAGGAACUUAUUGCCAAAGCGGUAGCAACAAGGUACCUGCGCUGUAUCUCCCAGGCAAUGGGCUGGUUCUUCGUGUUGCUGAUGACCCUGUUAGCAUUCCUUGUUCGAUCCUUACGCCCCUGUUUCACUCAAGCUGCCUUCUUGAAGAGCAAGUAUUGGUCCCACUAUAUCGACAUUGAGCGCAAGCUCUUUGAUGAAACCUGUACGGAGCAUGCUAAAAGCUUUGCCAAGAUUUGCAUCCAGAAGUUCUUCGAGGACAUGAAGAAGGACCUGAACAUGGGCCACAUGCACUUUCCUGAGAAACCCCCUUCAGAAGCAGGGGAAGAGAAGGAAAAACUGCUGGGUGUCAUGGACCAAGGGACUAUGAACAAGCUUCUGCAGAACUGGCACAAAUGCAAGCCUCCUUUGUGCCUCCACCAAGAAGUGAUCCAGAAUGGACACUGCUGGUCAGGAGAUGCCACAUGUCCCCACCUACCUAAAAGAGAGUAUGCCAUCUAUUACAGCAAGGUCUAA